AUGGCCAUGGAGCAGGGAAGAGUGACGGAAUUCGAAGGAAAGAGCCUCGACCAGAUACAAAUUGAGCCUGAAGGGAGAGCAGUAGAGAUCCUCUCACAAACGGACGGGCUAAAAGAAACUUCAAGCGGAGAACCUUCAACCAUUCAUCCAGAUGCACCCCAUGUGGGCCGUCUGUUGAUCGAGUUCAGCUCCCAGAUGAGCAUGGAGCGAGUGCAGAAGGAAAACCCAAAUGUCACCGACGGAGGCCGCUACACUCCACCCGACUGCAGGCCCAGAUGGAAGGUGGCCAUCAUCAUUCCGUUUCGGCACAGAGAAAAUCAUCUUAAAUACUGGCUGCACUACCUCCACCCGAUACUCCGGCGGCAAAGGAUCGACUACGGCAUUUAUAUCAUCAACCAGGUACAUGGGCCACACGUGUCCGUCAAACAGGCCCGGUGGGUCUGA